UGCUUCGCGCUCCUUCCCUUCCCCCUCCCCUCCUCCUCUUCGCGCUCGCGCCGCUCUCGCGCUCCCUUUUCCCCUUCCCCCCUCUUGCCUCCCCGUCAGUGCGGUGGCUGCGCUGGGAAACAUGGCGUCGGAGGGAAUGAUUUUAACCAACCACGACCAUCAAAUCCGCGUCGGGGUCCUCACAGUGAGCGACAGUUGCUUCAGGAACCUUGCUGAAGACCCGCAGUGGGAUAACCUUAAAGAUCUGGUCCAAGACCCAUCUUUGUUGGGUGGGACUAUAUCUGCAUACAAGAUAGUGCCAGAUGAAAUUGAAGAAAUCAAGGAGACACUGAUAGACUGGUGUGAUGAAAAGGAACUUAACUUGAUUUUGAACGGAGGAACAGGGUUUGCACCACGAGACGUCACUCCAGAGGCCACUAAAGAAGUAAUAGAGCGAGAGGCCCCAGGGAUGGCCCUGGCAAUGCUGAUGGGAUCACUUAAUGUUACUCCUCUGGGCAUGCUCUCUAGACCUGUAUGUGGAAUCAGAGGAAAAACUCUAAUAAUUAACCUGCCAGGCAGCAAGAAAGGGUCACAGGAAUGUUUUCAGUUUAUACUGCCAGCCCUACCUCAUGCCAUUGACCUUUUGCGGGAUGCCAUUGUAAAAGUAAAGGAGGUACACGACGAACUUGAAGACCUACCUUCACCGCCACCUCCUCUUUCUCCUCCUCCAACCACCAGCCCACACAAACAGACAGAAGACAAAGGUGUACAGUGCGAGGAAGAGGAGGAAGAGAAGAAGGAUAGUGGAGUUGCCUCAACGGAGGACAGUUCCUCUUCACAUAUAACUGCUGCAGCCAUUGCAGCUAAGAAGCAUCCAUCCUACACCAGUUCUGCUGUUAUCAUGGCAAAAGGUGAACAGCCCAUCCCGGGUCUCAUCUGUUAUUCCCAUCACGCAGCAGGCAGUGCAGGAGAACCGAUUCCAGACUCCAUCAUUUCUCGUGGUGUUCAGGUGCUCCCACGAGACACAGCCUCUCUCAGCACUACCCCUUCAGAAUCUCCUCGUGCCCAGGCCACCUCUCGUCUCUCCACUGCGUCCUGCCCAACACCAAAAGUCCAGUCCAGGUGCAGUAGCAAGGAGAACAUCCUCAGAGCCAGUCACAGUGCCGUCGACAUUACCAAGGUGGCCAGAAGACAUCGCAUGUCUCCAUUCCCAUUGACAUCUAUGGACAAAGCCUUCAUUACAGUUCUGGAGAUGACCCCAGUGCUCGGAACAGAAAUCAUCAAUUACCGAGAUGGAAUGGGCCGAGUUCUUGCUCAAGAUGUUUAUGCAAAAGACAACCUACCCCCCUUCCCAGCAUCGGUAAAAGAUGGAUACGCUGUCAGAGCUGCUGAUGGCCCUGGGGAUCGAUUCAUCAUUGGGGAAUCCCAAGCUGGUGAGCAGCCAACUCAGACUGUGAUGCCUGGUCAGGUAAUGCGGGUUACAACAGGAGCUCCAAUCCCCUGUGGUGCUGAUGCUGUGGUGCAAGUAGAAGACACAGAACUCAUCAGGGAAUCAGAUGAUGGCACUGAAGAGCUAGAAGUACGAAUUCUGGUACAGGCUCGACCAGGCCAAGAUAUCAGACCUAUAGGACACGACAUUAAAAGAGGUGAAUGUGUCCUGGCUAAGGGAACCCACAUGGGUCCAUCGGAGAUUGGUCUCUUAGCAACUGUUGGGGUAACAGAAGUAGAAGUUAACAAAUUUCCAGUCGUUGCAGUCAUGUCAACAGGGAAUGAGUUGUUGAAUCCUGAGGAUGACCUCUUACCAGGAAAGAUCCGAGACAGUAACCGUUCAACUCUCCUAGCUACAAUUCAAGAACAUGGCUACCCAACAAUCAACUUGGGAAUUGUGGGAGAUAAUCCCAGAUAUUUACUGAAUGCACUGAAUGAGGGUAUCAGCCGUGGCAGACGUAUCAUCACACAGGAGGGCGUGUCCAUGGGUGAAAAGGACUAUCUUAAACAGGUGCUGGACAUUGACCUUCAUGCACAGAUUCACUUUGGCAGAGUUUUUAUGAAACCAGGCCUGCCAACAACAUUUGCAACUUUGGAUAUAGAUGGUGUACGAAAAAUAAUCUUUGCACUGCCAGGAAAUCCUGUAUCAGCUGUUGUCACCUGCAAUCUCUUUGUUGUCCCAGCAUUGAGAAAAAUGCAAGGCAUCCUGGAUCCUCGGCCCACCAUUAUCAAAGCCAGGUUAUCAUGUGAUGUAAAAUUGGAUCCUCGCCCAGAAUACCAUCGGUGCAUACUGACUUGGCAUCACCAAGAACCACUGCCUUGGGCACAGAGUACAGGAAAUCAGAUGAGCAGUCGUCUGAUGAGUAUGCGUAGUGCCAAUGGACUGUUGAUGCUACCUCCAAAGACAGAGCAGUAUGUGGAGCUUCACAAGGGCGAGGUGGUGGAUGUCAUGGUCAUCGGAAGGCUAUGAUGUCACCAGCAAGAGUGAAGCUUUGAUGCAUGUCCACAUAUCAUUGACUGUAUCCUGUAAUAUGCAACGGCACAGCUAGUUUUUCUGAACUGGAUAAAAGCUGAUCAGUAUAGUCAACAUCUUGAACUAUAUUUCAAAUGGAAUUUAAAUAAAUACCUUUUAAAAAAAACUUUAAAAAAACAAAUCUUAACAAAGAAAUUUAUUCUGAUUAUAUCAAAGCAACUUUUUCCUUUCUUGCAAUUGCUUUGUGUGUUCAAUGCUAGUUCUGAUAGCAGUAGCUUUUAGUAGACAGCAGUAGGUGCCUGCAGAACUUGUGUUUUUUCUCAUCUUUAAGAUACAACUACUUAUGCUCUUAAAACAAGGCUGUCUGCUUAUUUAUACUAGCGUAGACAACACUUGGAUUUCCCUUAUUAGUAUGCUUCAUAACUGCUUCACAGAGAGCUUCUGCUUGUUCUUUAUCUUGUAUCUCGUGUUGAUGUGCACAGUGCCAAAAGCAGAGUGGCUGCACUGGGAACCCGAUCAAGCCCCGAGGUUUCCCCCCUCGCUGCGCGUUCAGGGAUAUCUCUCGGCCCAGCAGCCACCCGGCUCAGUACUCUUGGGCAGUAACUGGAUACCUUUUAUUUGAACAAACAAAAAAAAUUGCUUCCUUAAGUGCUGACAGCCUUUUUAACCAAUACAUUUAAAGAUGUACAGAACUAAAACCUAAAAAAAAAAA